GACAUCGACAAAAUCGUGCAUCCGCAGAAAAUUGGCAAAGUAUGGUGGAAAUACAAAAACCGAAAUCUGCUCUAAAAACGCCGUCGGCGAAGCGAGAAACAGUGGUUGUCAACAAUAGCGCACCAAUGAAGAAGGUCACACUCGUUGCCAAGGAUGAGGAGCUGGUUGCCAUCUCGCCAGAGCGACGUAAUUGGCGCGGCAUAUUUAUAGCAUUGCUGGUAAUAGCAGCAGUCUUCAGUCUUAUAAUUUUCUCCAUAUUCCUGCUGUCGCCAGAGGAUGAAGGGCUGCGCAUACGCGGCCGUCACAUGGUGCUGACUGAUAUUUUAGGCAAAAGCUUGCAAUGGAAGCCCUUCAAUGGCACUUGGAGUAGUGACGUUGAACUGAUAUUUCGUGACCCGUCUGGUGGUUUAUCUAUAUUAAAUUUAGACAAUUAUACAACGCGGGUCUUAAUGACCAAUUCAACAUUCCGCCAAUUGAAUGCUGAAUCAUUUCUAGUAUCGCCAGAUCAAAAAUAUGUGCUCUUGCAAUCCGACAGCAAUGCGGAGGGCUCAAGACAUCACGUCUACGAAGUGCAAACAGCGAACACCUUCCCACUGGGACCAACAGAGAACAUAGCUGAACCGCCACGUCUACAAUAUGUUACUUGGGCGCCCAAUUUCCUACCCACGCCAGCCACAACCACAACUACAACGACCACCACCACCACCACCACGACGACGACUACCACAGCGUCCGCAAGCACAACAACAACAGCCGCACGUUCAGCGAGCACUGCUGCGAAUGUGACAGCCGGCAAUGCGCCUGGUGGCAGCAUAUUGCUCAACAGUUUGGCGGGUGCGGCGACGGGUGGCGGUGUGUCUAUGAGCGGCGUUGGCAAGCCACCGCCUAGCAGUUUUCAAUUUUCAAAUGGUGGUGCCGUAAAAGCAUUCGCACAAAAUCAGGCAAUCGCCUUUGUGUACGAGAAUGACAUCUACUACAAGCCAAAGGUUCAAGGCGAACUUGUUUGUCGCAUUACAACAACAGGUCGCGCUGGUGUCGUCUACAAUGGCAUCCCGGAUUGGACGUAUGAGAACGUGCCGGAGCUGAAUGGGCGUAGCAGUGGGCUUACCUUUUCGCCGGAUGGCCUAUUUUUAGCAUUUCUCACAUUCAACGACAGCGAAGUGAAUGAGUACAAAUAUACCUGGAUGGGUGACGACAUUAAGUACCCUGCCGUUUUGACACAACGUUACCCCAAGGCGGGCGAAAUCAAUCCAAAUGUCAGCGUUAAUGUGGUAAACCUCUCCGUUCUCAAAUACAUCUUCCCCACACAAAUCAAACUUCCAACCGAUCUAGCGAACGGCAGCUACAUUGGCGCACUCACCUGGGCCACGCCCAUCGACCUCUCGUUCACGCUCACGAAUCGUGGUCAAACCAAGGCCACAACAGUUGUUUGUCGCGCGCCCGAUUUCCAUUGUCAGUCGGUACACACAGAAGUGACAGUAAACGACGGCUGGGUGCUGCCAGCCGAGCGUCCCAUCUUUUCAGUGCACAAUAGUGCACAUCUCAAGCGAACCCAACAGCAAAUGCUUGCGAAUGGACAAUAUGGCAACAAUAGCUUCCACAAUGUGAGCAACGGACAAACCACCUAUGAAAUAUCAAAUGGUGGCUACCUACUCAAACGUCUUCCAGUGCGCGAUGGCGAACAUGGCCACUUCCGUCACGUCGUCUUCAUCUCCUCGUUAGAUCGUCGUUUCGUGCCGCUCACAAUGGGACGUUUCGAAGUCACCGAAUUGCUGGGCUGGGAUGAGACGCAUUCGAUUGUUUACUUUAUGGCAGCACCGGAAAAACGCCCCGGUGAACGUCAUCUCUAUAAGAUCAGUCUGAAAGUGAAUGUGACGCAGUCCAAUCGCACGUACAUCACAUCGACGCAGCCAACUUGUCUGACAUGCGACAAUACCAUAUCGACAUUUCAAUUGACAGCACAAGGCAUACGCGUAGAGGAUGGUGGGAAUCGUAGUGAUGAUGAGACGGAAUGUUACUAUGAUAUACCGAAGAAUUGUCUUUACAACAAAAUUUAUUUCAGCAAAGAUUACUCGUACUACGUGCAGGAGUGUUUAGGUCCCGAAUCGCCUAGUGUUUAUUUGGUGGAGACACAAAGCAACAUGAAGACCUAUGUGCUAAAUGCAGGCUCCAGUUUAAGGCAUCGCCUAAUGCAGCUAGCUUUACCACAAAUACGUACAUUCAGCGUUGAAAUACGCCACGGCUUCCAUGCGCAAGUGCGACUCUACCUGCCGCCAGGUAUGCGCGAGGACGAAGAGGUCGCAUUUCCACUCAUCCUGCACAUCAAUGCCGCGCCCGGUUCACAGCUAGUCACCGAAAAGUAUCAAGUCGACUGGAACUGGUAUUUGAGUAGUCAACACUCCAUGAUUGUCGCGCAAAUUGAUGGCCGUGGCAGCGGGUUUCAAGGUGAGCUGCUGCGCACGCAAGUGCACGGCAAGCUGGGCACCGUCGAAGUGGAGGAUCAACUUGGCGUAUUAACUUACCUGCGCGAUAAUUUGAAAUUCAUCGAUCCGGCACGUAUUUGCGCCUAUGGCUGGGGCUACGGUGGCUAUGCCGCCACCAUGACACUCAUCGAUGAUUCGCAUCAGGUGCUGCAAUGCGCUGUGGCCGUCAACCCAAUCGUCUCCUUUGGCUAUCAUUACUCAUUUUUCACUGAACGUUACAUUCCGCUAAAGGGUGACUACUUGCGCGCUCUGCAGGAGGCCGAUUUGACGAUGAAAGCAGGCAAUAUUAAGAAUCGCAAUUUGAUGUUGAUACAUGGCACAGCGGACCGACUGGUGCAUCAGGAGCACACGUUAAUGUUGGUCCGUGCGUUGGUUGAUGAGCAAGUGAAGUUCCGACAUCAGGUCUAUCCCGAUGAGGAUCACGCGAUGACAAAAUCACUAAGCCACGUCUACAAAACAAUGGAAUGGUAUUUCGAGGAGUGUUUCGGCCCUAAUGACGACAGCGAAUGGGAUCCGACGAGACUGUUUGUGUUCAAACAAUAAUUAAUCAUUUACGGUAGAGAAGUAUAUUUGUAGAAACGCAACUAGUUAAAGUAGCAAGUCUAGAAAAUAUCUAGAAAGUAUGGAAACAAGUAAAAACAAAAAAAGAAAAAAACACAGCAAAGUGAAAGGAGGUGUAGCAACAAAGUGAAUGGUUAAGUGUGUAUAAGUAGAGAAAAGGUAUGUAGUAAUUUGGUAAGCAAAUAUGUGGGUAAGAA